AUGGUUCACUUUAUAACGUUCAUUCUGCUGAUUACUAUUUUAAAUAUAAUUGAAAAGAUAAAUGGAUCAAAUGUACCGAGAUAUAUUAUGUCAGCUGAUUAUGAAAAAGGAAAUCAACACAUUUUUCUAGGAGAACAACAGGAAAAUGAUUAUUGGAGGGUAUGUUGAGAAGGAAUUUGUGCUCUGAAUGGGAAGAGGUGGUUUUGAAAACUUUGUGCUCUCAGAACAUGUUUACUUUUCGUAAAACCGAAGCCUGAAAUUCUGAAUCUUGAAUUGAAUUGUACAGAAGCUUCUCAAAACCUUCAUAUUUUGAAAAACCCUCUACUUAAUAAGUGUGCGGGGGUUGCAUUUAGACCACGCCCACUUCUUAAUUUUUCAGGGUAGACCAAAAGUAUCUGAACUAAUCACAAUAUGCACUGGAAAUCAAAAUGUUCCCCAUAAAUUUCCGAAAUUCAUCUGCGGAUUACUGUAUUUUUAUCGUGAUCCAGUUCAUUCACGCAAGAAUUUCUAUUGGGCAAAAUUGUUCAAAAAUGUGCCGGAAAGUGUGAAAUUUUUGAAGAAUGUUACUGUAUGUUUGUUUUUUCGAAUAUUAAAAAUAUCCAAAAUUUCGAUUAAUUUCAGAAUUAUCCAUGUCCUCCUCAUCAAUCAUCAAUCAUUGGUUUCACCGAAAAACGAAUUCACGUUGCAUGUUCAACAUAUUUAAAUGUCAAAGAAACAUCAAGAGCACCCAGAUUUCAUAUAAGUUAUGUUAUUGAUCAUGGUUUCCCAACAGUUCCAUAUUGUUCAGAAUUUGCUGAUGAAAAACCUUGCGAUUUUCGAUCAUAUUUCUAUAUUCGAUAUAUUAUUGCGCAGGAUCAAAUAUGUUGUUGUCCGACUGGAAAAAUAUGCCCAAUUUUGGUUUAUUCACAGGUUCGGUUUUGAAGUUUUUCUCCCAGAAACACCCCAUCAUUUUUUUUAUUCCAGCCUGAUGUUCGUCUUCCAUUACUCAUCCUUAAUUCGGAAAUUGACGCAGUUCAGAAAUCAUGA